CUCGGCUCCGGUCCGCCUCGCAGAAACUCCCCCGAGGCUCGCUCGGCUGGACUCCUCUUCUCUUCCCCCGCGCCGACGGACGGAGCAAUCGAGGGGCGAGAGGGAAACCGCGGCCGGCCCGGCCGCCUGAUCGAGCGGAACCAGGAACCACGCGGCGCGCGCCAUGGCAGCAGGUGGUAAUCCACCACCAAAGCCGUGGGAACGUGUGGGAGCUUCAUCUAGUCCAGCACCUUUUAAGCCCCCCUCUGGAGGUACUACAAGUGAUGUUGUUGAAGCUUCUGGGACAGCAAAACAUGGAGAAAUUGUUUCCACUACAGGGAACAAUGCUGCUUCCAAUGUAAACAGCAACAUUUCAAGGCCUGUUCCCCCAAGGCCAUGGCAGCAGCAAGGCUAUGGAAAUUCCUAUGGGGGUUAUGGCUCUAGUAUGUAUAGCUCAUAUGGUGGAUUCAGUGGACCCUAUGGAAAUAACAUGUAUUCAGGUUAUGGAGGAGGUUAUGUUGGUAUGUACGGAGGUUCUGGAAUGUAUGGUGGGUCAAUGUAUAAUGGCGGAAUGGGAGGUCCAUAUGGUGGUUGUGGUAUGGGUGUUGGUCCUUAUAAUCAGGGUCCAAAUUCAUUUGGCCCUCCUGCACCACCCCCUGGAUUUUGGGUGUCCUUCCUACGAGUGAUGCAUGAUGUUGUAAAUUUCUGCGGGCGGGUUAGCUUCCUUGUUAGCCAGAACACUCAGGCGUUCCACAUGUUCAUUACUGCACUUUUGCAGCUAUGUGAUCGGGCUGGAAUGCUUUACGGUGAGCUUGCAAGAUUUGUUUUACGUUUGCUGGGGAUCAAAACAAAACCAAAGAAGGGUGGUGUUAAGGGCAGUGGAACUGCAUCAUUGGAGGGAACAGGCCAGCAGUUUGUUGAGGCGCCAAAAGCUACCAGCAACUCAUGGGACAGCGUCUGGACUGAGAAUGGCAAGGGGAAGUAAACACCCCAUUUCUGUACAGCGAGACAGGUUUUUUGUGAAAGGAGAAUGAUGACUUGAUGAGUUUGCUUGAUGAUGACUUGAUGAGUUUGCUUGUGGGAAGAGAAAUCUGCUGGUAUCUUUUCUGAUGCAUGUUGCAAUUGGAUUAGAAGGCAAAGCAAGUAAUCCCUAAUGCACUUCGCAUUUGUCAUGUUGUUCCCUAGUACAGACAGAGAUCUAUUAUGGUGGCAGUUAGUCUGCAAUGAGAAAUGUGUGAGCUGGUAAAAUAUGGCUUUCCUAAAAAAUGGUUUGGCAGUACGCCGUUACCCUGUACUGAAAAAAGCGGAACAUAACACUACCUGUUCAUGCUUACAUUAUGGAAUUAUUUCUCUUCUCACAUUUGUUUUGCAGCAGGCGAUCAAACUGAUCUUGAGAUUGUGCGAUAGAUGAAUCUGCCAAUUGAGGGAGUGCUGGGAUUAGCUGUAAGAUGAGGUUGAGGCUUGUACUGUUACCAGGAGGGGCAUUUUCUCAUUUCCCAUACAUAACAUAAUUACUAAUGUGUACAUAUUCUCUGGUGACUUAGCCAGAUUUUCCUGUGGCCUUUUCCCUGUUGAAAAGUGACUGUUGGAAAGGCUGAAACUGAAUGCCUUAUAAACUGUUUGCCUUAUUCGUCGUU